AUGUCUGGUGCUUACACUUCGGACUUUGCUCUGCUUAAUGACACAUUCUGGGUCGAUCUGCUGAGCCAACGAGAUGUCUCGGCACAAGUACCGAUCAACUUUGUAGCACGGCCUUCGAUUGCGCUUACUGCGGCAUGUUUCGGUGAUAAUAGCUACAAUGGAGAUGCCGCAUCCUUAUGCCUAUCGGAUCUUUUGACGGUUGGAUAUUUCCGAUUCAUCAUAGAUGUAUACUGGUCUCAUCAGAAUCUGCAAUGGCUUCUUUGCCCGGUUUCAUUUCCAACAUCAAAUGCGUCGAAUGGUUCCGAAUAUACGCUAGGGAGUUAUACAUGCUCAAACUCGUUUAGCAUCACCACGCUUCUAGACGUCCUAAACAAUUAUAUUCAGGAUACCAACUCGGAAUUGGAGUCUACGUUUCUUCAUGUCAUUAUCAAUAUGCAUGCGGCAGCCGAUUCUGAUAAUCCCGACGGGCCCGCACCAUCUUUAUCUGCCGCCAGUCUCCCAUCGGAAUCCUCAUUGCUAGGAACAGUAGCAGAUAAAGUGAUGGGCUCAUAUAUAUACACCCCGCCAGAACUCGCACAAGAGCGAAGAGAUCUCAACAAGUCAUGGUUUCACGAUACCAAGAUGUGGACGACAGUCCUGAGCGACUAUUUUACUACAGUUAACGAUGCUCAUGGAGUACAAAGUACCCCGGACGGGUGGCCCUGUGAAUCUUACUUGAUUAACAAAGCGUCUAAACGUUUGUUAUUUGGACGGGGCUCUGUCGAUCCUCAACUGCAAAGCUAUAACUUCACCGGCGACGAUGCAUUUAUCUUCCCGUCCGACGACGUGGAAGAUAUUAUCUCGGUCUCUAAUACACCGGAUGGAAGUGGACUACAGUCCGGGUGUUUCUUCAAUCCUCGAAACACGAAUCUUCAGAAUGUGAACAACUCUUGGGCGCUGGCCAGUGUAAACACGUCGUACUCUUCCUUCCUAUUGCAGAACUACACAUCUUGCGGCAUUUCUCCUUUGGUAAAUGAGACGCUAUACGGACAAACAGCCGACGCCAAUAUUGAUCCGUAUCGGAAUUUGUCCAUGUCAGCUACGUGGUCAUGGGCUGUGGGCGAGCCUCGCAACGCUACCAGUCUUCCCGGAUACACUGAACUUACUGACACCAGUGAAGUGCUCCGAUGCGCGAUGAUGGAUCCUUCUUCAGGAGGACACUGGCGUGCUGGAAAUUGCUCAGACGAGUAUAGAGCAGCAUGUCGCGUUACCAAUGAACCUUACUUAUGGACACUAUCCGAGGACACGCAUUCCUUUUCAGGCUCAUCGAAUGCCUGCCCUUCGAAUUCCUUUUUUGACGUGCCGCGCACUGGACUAGAAAAUACAUACUUUUACCAUCAAGCCGUAUCAGAGGUGGGCAGCACAUCGGCUAGCGAGCCGAUUUGGGUAAACCUGAACUCUAUGGAUGUUGAAUACUGCUGGGUUCUCGGAGGCGCCAACGCGACUUGUAUAUAUACCGAGGGUUCAAAUGAUGUUGGACACCGAACUAUUCUCGUUCCUACCAUCGCGGCCAUUAUCAUAUUAACCAUCACGGCUUCUACCAUUUUUGUGAAGUGUAAUUCCAACCGAAGGAUUUCUCGAAGGAAAAGAGUCAAUGAGGGUUGGGAGUAUGAAGGUGUUCCAUCAUGA